CACUUUAAAAUUGUGAUAGCCAUGCUGAACGUUGUUAUCAGCGGAGUUGCGUCAGAAUUGCGUUCGAAACUCACAGUUGCUAAGCUCCGACUGACAGAAUUUAAAACGAAGCGAAGGCGGAAGCGUGUCACUUGACACAGUGCGAGGAGGAGGUUGUUGAAGACUAACUUGUUUAAAAAGGCAAUGGCAGCGGCAAACAUACUCCAUGAUAUCGAUGUUCCUGUAAAGAAGGCAACAUUUGGAAUGGGCUGUUUUUGGGGCCCUGACACCCUCUAUGGUACACUGAAAGGUGUUAUAAGAACAAGAGUGGGAUAUUCUGGAGGCACAAAAAUAAACCCCACAUAUAGAGAUCUUGGAGAUCACACAGAGUGUAUUGAUAUUGACUAUGACCCAAAUGAAAUUUCCUUUGAAAAAUUACUUGAAGAGUUUUGGAAAAAUCAUGAUCCUACUUACAGAGCCACGAAACAGUAUACAUCCUUAAUAUUUUAUCAUGAUGAUGAUCAAAAGCAGACAGCUGAGAAAAGUUUUAAAGAAGAGGAAGAGAAGAAAGGCAAGAAGGGCAAAUUUGUCACCAAAAUAUUACCAGCAGCAGAGUUUUAUAAUGCAGAGGACUAUCAUCAGAAAUACCGCCUGCAGCAGCACACACAGCUCGUGCGGUGGUUGGGUCUGACAGCUGGCAAGAAGCUCAUAAGUUCACAUGCUGCUGCACGUAUCAAUGGAUAUGUAGUAGGUAUGGGUGGUGUGCAAAUGUUUGAGGAGGAUAUCAGUAGGCUUGGGCUUACACCUGAAAUAGCAGACUAUGUGCGGAAGUGGGUUACAAAAUAUGAAGGACAUGGCAUGAUUUGUUGAAUAUUCACCAGUGUAUCAGUCGCUAUUGCUGAGUAUGAUCUACUGUUUGAGGCCUAGAAUUGGUUGAGUUGGUCCACAGCCUUCACACGUACAUUUAGAGGGGGGAAGGGAGGGAGAGGACGA